UUCGCGGCGCGGCGGACAUGGCGGUGGAGUCCUGAGCUCGUCGUGUCCCGGCCUCCAGCGGCGACGGCAGUGACGGCGGCAGCGGGAGGCGGAGGGGGAGCGGGAGCCACUGAGAUGAGGAGGCGCCGCGCGCGCCUGUAGCUCGCGGGCCUCGCAGUUUGCUUGCCUAAACUGGAUUUGAAGCAAUUCAAACUACUGGAGAUCUACAACUUCACAAUAUCACGAUUGGAAAGAAGCAGGUUUUCAAAUAAUGGAAGAGUCUAAGACCUCUAAAAAUGAAAAUCAUGAACCAAAGAAGAAUGCUUGGGCUUUUUCUGAAGAAAGCAAAGCAGUUAAAGUUAUAACCAAUCAAACUUUGAAAGCUAGAAAUGAUAAAUCCAUAAAAGAAAUUGGGACCAACUCCCCAAAUAAGAAUACUAGUAAAAAAAAUAAGCAAAAUGAUAUUUGUAUAGAAAAAACAGAAGUUAAAUCGUGUAAAGUAAAUGCCGCCAGUGUUCCAGGUCCUAAAGAUUUGGGAUUAGUCCUUCGAGAUCAAAGUCAUUGCAAAGCAAAAAAAUCACCGAGUUCACCGGUGAAAGCAGAAAAGCUACCUGUUUCACAGGCGAAAGUAGAAAGGGCACCCAUUUUACAGGCAAAAGCGGAAAAAUCACCAAAGUCACCUAAUUCACCAGUGAAAACAGAAAAGGCCUCCAGCUUACAGGCAACAGCAGCAGAAAAAACACUUAAUUCACAGAGGAAAGCAGAAAAAGCACCUGGUUCUCAGAUGAAAUCAGAAAAGGUGCCCAGCUUACCAACGGAAGCUGAGAAGGUACCUGGUUUACUGUUGAAAGAAAAUAUGGGGCAGACAGAAUUACAGAAGAUUGGGAAAAAAAUUCCAAGCCCUAUUACUUCUUUGGACAAAGUGAAUAUUGGUGUUGCAGAAGGAGUAAAAUCUGCUCUGGAAAACUCACAGCCACCUCAGAAGCAACAAACAUGUACAGAUAAUACUGGUGAUUCUGAUGAUAGUGCUUCAGGAACUGAAGACAUAUCAGAUGAUUUGAGUAAAACGAAGAAUGAUGAAUCUAAUAAAGAAAAUUCUUCAGAGAUGGACUAUUUAGAAAAUGCCACUGUAAUAGAUGAAUCUACAUUGACACCUGAGCAGAGGCUAGGAUUGAAACAAGCAGAAGAACGCUUAGAAAGAGAUCACAUCUUUCGACUUGAAAAACGCUCUCCAGAAUACACCAAUUGUCGAUAUCUAUGCAAGCUUUGCUUAAUUCACAUUGAAAACAUCCAGGGAGCACAUAAGCAUAUAAAAGAGAAACGGCAUAAGAAAAACAUUUUGGAAAAACAAGAAGAAAGUGAGCUUCGUUCUCUGCCACCUCCUUCACCUGCCCACUUGGCUGCUUUAAGUGUUGCAGUUAUUGAAUUAGCAAAAGAACAAGGAAUAACAGAUGAUGACCUCAGAGUCCGUCAGGAAAUUGUGGAGGAAAUGUCAAAGGUCGUAACAGCAUUUUUACCAGAAUGUUCACUUAGGUUGUAUGGCUCAUCUCUCACCAAGUUUGCUCUGAAGAGUAGUGAUGUUAAUAUAGAUAUAAAAUUUCCUCCCAAGAUGAAUCAUCCAGAUCUUCUGAUACAAGUGCUUGGGAUUUUAAAAAAAAGCGUAUUAUAUUUGGAUGUGGAAUCUGAUUUUCAUGCUAAAGUUCCUGUUGUGGUGUGCAGAGAUCGGAAAAGUGGUUUACUCUGUAGAGUGAGUGCAGGAAAUGAUAUGGCAUGCCUCACUACUGAUUUACUUGCUGCUCUUGGCAAAAUGGAACCUGUCUUUAUUCCCUUGGUGUUAGCCUUUCGCUAUUGGGCUAAGUUGUGCUAUAUUGACUCCCAAACUGAUGGUGGAAUUCCUUCUUACUGUUUUGCUUUAAUGGUGAUGUUUUUCCUACAACAAAGAAAACACCCUCUUCUUCCUUGCUUACUUGGAAGUUGGAUUGAAGGCUUUGAUCCAAAAAGAAUGGAUGACUUUCAGCUGAAGGGCAUAGUAGAAGAGAAGUUUGUGAAGUGGGAAUAUAAUUCAAGUAGUGCAACUGAGAAAAACUCAAUUGCUGAGGAAAACAAAGCUAAGGCAGACCAACCAAAAGAUGAUACCAAGAAGACAGAAACAGACAACCAAAGUAAUGCCAUGAAGGAAAAACAUGGCAAAUCUCCUUUAACUUUGGAAACACCAAAUCAGGUGUCCCUGGGACAGUUAUGGUUAGAGCUGCUAAAAUUUUAUACACUGGAUUUUGCUUUGGAGGAAUAUGUCAUAUGUGUACGGAUACAAGAUAUUUUAACAAGAGAAAAUAAAAACUGGCCUAAAAGGCGAAUAGCCAUUGAAGAUCCAUUUUCAGUCAAACGGAAUGUUGCACGGAGCUUAAACAGCCAGCUUGUUUAUGAAUAUGUUGUGGAGAGAUUCAGGGCAGCUUAUCGGUAUUUUGCCUGUCCUCAGAGAAAGGGUGGAAAUAAAUCUUCAGUGGAUUCCAUGAAGAAAGAAAAGGGGAAAAUAAGCAAUAAGAAACCAAUGAAGUCUGACCAUAUGGCAUCCGCUUGUUGCAUUCUACUUGGGGAAAGCACAGAAAAAAUAAAUGCAGAAGGAGGUCAACCUGGUAAAUAUGAUGAGGUGGAAUGUACAUCACAGAGAUGUAUUACUGAAGAUGAUAAUUUGUUGAUAAAUGAACUUGAUUUAUCUGAACAUGGACAGGAAUCUUCACCUCUUUCUACCAAUGAAGGCAGUGAAUUAGCGCCAAAAUCAAUUAAGAAACAAGAUGUUUUAGCACCUUCAGAAACUUGUUUAAAAAAGGAGUGCAGCCAGUGUAAUUGCGUUGUUUAUAAAUCCCCUGAACCAGAUGAAUCUGCUGGUACAGACUGCAGGUCAGAUUUAGAAAGAGAAAGUUCACACACCUGCUACACAUGUACUGAUACAUCUACUACCUCUUGCAACUGCAAAGCUACAGAAGAUGCUUCUGACCUUAAUGAUGAUGAUAGCCACCCCACCCAGGAGUUAUAUUAUGUGUUUGAUAAGUUUAUUUUAACCUCUGGCAAGCCGCCAACAAUAGUAUGCAGCAUCUGCAAAAAGGAUGGCCAUUCAAAAAAUGAUUGCCCAGAGGAUUUCAGGAAAAUUGAUCUAAAACCUCUCCCACCAAUGACAAAUCGAUUUCGGGAAAUACUUGAUUUAGUAUGUAAAAGAUGUUUUGAUGAAUUAUCACCACCUUUCUCUGAACAACACAACAGGGAACAAAUUUUAAUUGGCUUGGAAAAGUUUAUUCAGAAAGAAUAUGAUGAAAAGGCAAGAUUGUGCUUAUUUGGUUCUUCUAAGAAUGGAUUUGGAUUUCGUGAUAGUGAUUUGGAUAUUUGCAUGACCCUUGAAGGCCAUGAAAAUGCAGAGAAAUUAAAUUGUAAGGAAAUAAUAGAAAAUUUGGCGAAAAUUCUUAAAAGACAUCCAGGGUUAAGAAACAUUUUGCCUAUAACUACUGCCAAAGUGCCUAUAGUAAAAUUUGAACACAGACGAAGUGGUCUAGAAGGAGAUAUCAGUUUAUAUAAUACAUUGGCUCAACAUAAUACAAGAAUGCUAGCUACAUAUGCAGCUAUUGAUCCUAGAGUGCAGUACUUGGGAUAUACUAUGAAAGUGUUUGCUAAGCGAUGUGACAUUGGAGAUGCUUCCAGAGGUAGUUUGUCUUCAUAUGCUUAUAUCCUUAUGGUGCUGUACUUUCUGCAGCAGAGAAAACCACCUGUUAUCCCAGUUCUACAAGAGAUCUUUGAUGGAAAACAGAUUCCACAGAGAAUGGUUGAUGGAUGGAAUGCUUUUUUCUUUGAUAAAACGGAAGAACUGAAAAAACGUUUACCUUCACUUGGAAAGAACACAGAAACAUUAGGAGAGCUUUGGUUGGGACUGCUUCGCUUCUAUACUGAAGAGUUUGAUUUCAAAGAGUAUGUAAUUAGCAUUCGGCAGAAAAAACUGUUGACAACUUUUGAGAAGCAGUGGACUUCCAAAUGUAUUGCGAUUGAAGAUCCUUUUGAUUUGAAUCAUAACCUUGGUGCUGGAGUUUCUAGAAAGAUGACCAAUUUCAUCAUGAAAGCAUUUAUCAAUGGAAGGAAACUUUUUGGUACCCCCUUUUAUCCACUCAUUGGCAGAGAAGCUGAAUACUUCUUUGAUUCCAGAGUACUAACAGAUGGAGAACUGGCUCCCAAUGAUCGAUGUUGCCGUGUGUGUGGAAAAAUCGGUCACUACAUGAAAGACUGCCCUAAAAGGAGAAGCAGUUUACUGUUUAGACUAAAGAAGAAAGAUAGUGAAGAAGAGAAAGAAGGGAAUGAAGAAGAGAAAGACUCCCGAGACCUUGUUGACCCCCGAGACCUCCACGACACUCGAGACUUUAGAGACCCCAGAGACCUCAGAUGUUUUAUCUGUGGAGAUGCAGGACAUGUGAGAAGGGAGUGCCCAGAGGUCAAGCUGGCCCGUCAGAGGAAUAGCAGUGUGGCAGCAGCCCAGCUGGUCCGCAACCUUGUAAACGCCCAGCAGGUGGCUGGUUCAUCCCAACAACAGGGUGAUCAGUCCAUAAGGACUAGACAGUCCUCUGAAUGUUCUGAUUCGCCAUCUUACUCUCCUCAGCCUCAGCCAUUUCCACAGAACUCUUCCCAAUCCACUGCCAUUACCCAGGCUCCAUCCCAGCCAGGAUCCCAACCCAAGCUUGGCCCACCUCAGCAGGGAGCCCAGCCCCCUCAUCAGGUUCAGAUGCCUAUGUAUAACUUUCCUCAGUCACCACCAACUCAGUAUUCUCCCAUGCACAAUAUGGGAUUGUUGCCAAUGCACCCCCUCCAGAUUCCUGCCCCAUCCUGGCCUAUUCAUGGCCCAGUGAUCCAUUCUGCACCAGGCAGUGCCCCCAGCAAUAUUGGCCUGAAUGAUCCCAGCAUCAUCUUUGCACAGCCUGCCGCCAGACCUGUGGCAAUCCCUAGCUCCUCUCAUGAUGGACACUGGCCUCGUACUGUGGCUCCAAAUUCCCUGGUGAACAAUGGUACAGUGGGGAAUUCAGAGCCAGGAUUUCCAGGACUGAAUCCUCCAAUUCCUUGGGAACAUGCACCACGACCCCAUUUUCCUCUUGUCCCAGCUUCGUGGCCUUAUGGUUUGCAUCAGAACUUCAUGCAUCAGGGAAAUGCCAGAUUUCAGCACAACAAACCUUUCUAUACUCAAGACAGAUGUGCCGCCCGUCGGUGUAGAGAGCGUUGCCCCCACCCACCAAGAGGAAACGUGUCGGAGUAAUGCAAGUCCAUUUUCUUUCAGCUGGUCUACCGAUGCACAGCAACCAGCCAAUCCUGCUGUCUCAAGGGUAUCCGUACCUCAAUGUCAGUUACAUUCAGCAGAAAAAGUGAAAUUUAAUGGAAAGCAAAACAAAUCAGGUCCUGAUUUAAAAUUUUAACACAUGUUUAGAUAGCUUAUUUAAAUUCAAAGACUGUUUUUAAAGACUGUAUUAUUUGUAUAUAAAUAUGAACUAUAGUUUUUACUAGUAUCACCAAAUUGAGUGAUACAAAUUUCAUCUAUUUUAUUACCCUAUUUUUAAGGGAAUUUUAUGUUUUGUUUAACCUUGAUGAAUUGUACAAAGAGAGAAUUUAAAAAAUUACAUUCUUUAUUUUCUAUUAGCUGUAUUCAUACUUUGGUUGCUUCAGACUUUAUAUAUAUCGUUCUUAAGAAUUAGGAAAGACUUUCAUGUGUUUUAAAUUUGUCACUUCUAUUCUUUACAGAACCUUGUAGUGCCAAAAAUUUUUAAAAAGUUUAAAAAAAAUAAAAUAAAACUUCAACAUGAAGAUAAAGAAUUUUUUGUUUUACAUUCUUGUAUAUUGAAAAUAUUCCAAUUUGAAUAGAAAUUUGCUUUUGUUUGUAUUUGAAGUAGUUCUAUUUUAAGUUAAUAAACCUUUUUGACAAGAGUCAAAUUUGGUUAAUGUAUCUGGUUGUUUAGAUGAUAGAAAUAUAAUGUAACAAUUCAGGGAUGUGUUUUAUUCUUAGUGAAUAGUCUAAAUCACAGACUUAAUUUUAGAAAAAGAUCCAGGAACUUUUUUUUUUUUUGCUCUUUAGGGCCACACCCAUGGCAUAUGGAAGUUCCCAGGAUAGGGUCGAAUUGAAGCUAUACCUGCCAGCCACAGCCACAGCAACAAGGAAUUCAAGCCAUGUCUGCAACCUACGCCACAGCUGUGGCAACACUGGAUGCUUGACUCACUGAGCCAGGCCAGGAUCAAACCUGCAUCCUCAUGGAUAUUAGUUGGGUUCGUUUUUGCUGCACCACAAUGGGAACUCCAGAUCCAAGAAUCUUUUGAAUCUUUACAAUACCCAUAUGAAGUUGAUAGAAGUAGACAUUAUGUCAUUUUAUUGUUGAGAAAAUUGAGGUGCAAAACAAAAUUAAUUCUAAAGAUAGCAUACUUACUUGUUGGAAAUAGAAUUGAAACAUCUUUUGAAGGAGUGUUUAAACACUGAAACUGACAGAAUAGAUGAAAGGUAAUUCUUAAUUACUGAGGAACUAAUAUGUGCCAGACUAUACAUUGAGUCUUGUACUACUUCCUAGAAAGUACAAUUGCAAGGGUAGUAUUUAUGAAUAAUGCCUUGUGAUCAGUGAUUAUAGCUGGAUUGGUACUAGAUAUUUGAGGUGAGAUCAUUUUGUCUAAACUCACCUAAGGAAAUUUGCCAUUAAUUUUAGGCUAAGUGAUGCUAUAGAUUUGGAAAUCUGUAGAAUAAGCAUAGAUGUCUUUUAAGAAUAGUAUAUUAUCUUUGUUUUGCUUCCUCAGAUACGCAUUAUUAAAAUAGGAGAGUACUUGGGCAUUUGUCAUAUUUUCCAACAUGGAAAGAGGAUGCUUAAAAUCUCUUGCAGAAGGUUGAAGGCUUUCCUGCAAUGUUUAUAUCCCUGGAAAGCUACUUUUUAAAUGUUAAGAUCAGGUGUAUGAAAAAUACUUUUUCAUGUUAAAGCUUCAGCAUCCCAUGAUGAUCAUUUUGUAACAUAUAGAAAUAUGGAAUCACUGUGCUAUUAUGCACCUGGUACAUAGCCUGGUGGUAUUGUUCUAGGUCAGUGAUACUUAAUUAAAAAAAAAAAACUUCAUUCAGCAUCCCAUGGAGUCCUACUAAAUGGUGAAGUUUAGUGAUAUUUGUUUUGUUAAUGAGAUACCUGGCCUAGCUUAUGCUUUUCUGUUAAAAUAUGACUUGGAGCAUUCAAGAUUUUCUUUUAAAGUUCAUGUUCUAAGUAUUUAAUCUCCUUUCAGGUCUCACAGAACAAGGUGUUCAUUUUACUGUUAUACUUUUGUAUAUAUUUGAAAUAUUCAUUAAAAAGAAAACCAUCUGCAACUAGAUACUGCCCCCAGUUCAGCCUUUUUACUAAAGAAAGGCAGUAUAGUGAUCUAGAUGGCAGUAUACCAUCUAAAGGUAUCAUUGGGGCAGUAAACCCCAGUAACCUAGGUUUUACUUAUUUAAGUGUUUUAUAGUAAUUUUCAGCAUCUCACUUGUCCUUCCUUCAUUAGUUGUUUAAUAACUGGCAGAACUGUUCCAAGUUGAAAAAUAGAGAUUUCUUAGUUUUAACAUACACAGUGGUAGCUUAAUUUUACAAGUUUGCAAACUUUUCAUAUAAAUUGCAAACUUAAGGUUUUGAUUAUGAAUUCAGAUUUACUGCAGAGCAAUUAAAAAGUGUAAAAUGAUCAGUUUUAUGCAGAGCACAAACACAUAUAAGAUCUCAUCAUUUUGAAAUGUAUUGUAUAGGAGUUCCUGUUGUGGCUCGGUGGGUUAAGAACCCAAC